CCAAGUUUCCUUCCUUUUAUGCUUUUCACACUGAUAUUUCCAUGAGAGACCAGAACAUUUAAUGUUUUUAGCUAUUCUAAGCUUGAUCAGAGAGUUGUCCUUCAUUUGAAAGCAGUUGACUUGUCGACCUGUCAACAGGAAAAGGAGAGAUUUGCUGAAGUUUGUGUGCCAAAAUAUCAUUAGCAUCCAUUGCCAAGGCCCACCCCUGGGCCUGGGCCUGAGUAUAUUGGUCUUUGUGGUCCUUAGUGUAAUAGUAUAUUCCAGAAGAGUGUUUCUGACUUCCAUUGAAAUUACGUACAGUGAGAUCUUAUGAAAUUGAGGGAGAUGAACAGUUAAUGAUAAUGCUAUAGGCCGAACAAUUACGUAAAUCACUUUCUAAAUCCAUCACACUUAAUUGCGCAUGGGUUUUGGUGGAAAGUCGAGACUGGAGUGAAGUACGGUAGUCGGUAGUCCGUCUCGUAUAUACAUAUGGUUGUAGGCAAUCCGAAGGCAGACAAAUUCAACGUCAACAACAUGUCUCAGGCAAUCACCAGGCCAAGCAAUUGGAAAGCGGGGAAGAGGAAGAACAGAUCCAUCAAGUUCCUGUCAGAACUGCCUUUCAGUGUGCGAUAUCGAAUCAGCAAGUCGAUGGACUUGGGUGCCAGUCCAGGAUAUGCGAGACUUGCUGGUUGCCUUGGCUACAGUCAGCUUGAUAUCGCCAAAUUUGCACUGGUAUUUAAGAGGAUGGAUGGCAGUCCAAUGAUGGCGCUGUUUGAUGAUUGGGAAUCACGUAAUCCAACCAUGGCAUCUGUCCUUAAGAACUUCAAACUGGCGGAGCGUUUCUUGGAGAUGGAGAUACUCAAAGAAUUUGUUCCUGAAAAGUAUCACGGUGAAUUUGCCAAUAACUCGGACGAUAUUGAUGUGGAUGCCAUGUUUGAUGAUGAUGAGGAGGAGGAUGGGGCUGGUGCUGCUGAAGGUAUAGACGUCAAGCCAGAGGUGAACGGGGAUGAUUCAAAGAAGUCACCAGAAAAUUGGAAGGGGAGGCCAGGCAUGCCAAGGGAAAACAGCUGGGAUGAAGACGGCAGUGAUCAUCCAAAUGGGAAAAGGAAGAUAUCUGCUGAAUCUGAUGGGUCGUUAAUCAAUGCUAAUCUUAAAGUCGGUGAGACUAAGUUGUCUCCAACAGCACCACCUCUUGAGGACCCAGAUAAAACCAAGAACUUGAGUUUGGACACAAGAAAAGAUUCAAUAUCAAUGGCGCAGAGUCUGAAUUCUCUGAAGAAGUGUACUGGUCCUCCAAUGCCUUCCGGGUCCGCAAAUAUUGACGAGCCGUGUCCCCAGGACCAGGAACAAUCUCUCAAGAAAAAGAAUGGUAAAAAAAGCACAAAUGGGUCAAAGAAUCAUCAAGAGGCUUUUGAAAAGUGUGCCUUCGCAACAGUUUACUCUUUUCUUUAUGAGGAGCUGAAGAGGGCCACUAGAAAUUGGAGUGAGGACCUUAAACUUGGUGAGGGUGCAUUCGGGACGGUCUACAAAGUCACAAACCUUCGUAAUACAAGUACAACAUUUGCCGUCAAGCAAAUGAAGCCAAGUGGCGCCGUGGGUAUCUCGGAAAAAUCCACCGAAGAGUUUGAACAUUUCAAAACAGAGAUCAUAGAAUCAAGAAAGUACAUACAUAAAAACCUGAUCCAAAUCAGUGGAUAUGCGAUCGGGCCCGAGGUUUGUAUUGUGUAUGAGUAUAUGUCGAAGGGGUCACUAAUGGAUAAUCUCAAGUGCAAGGGUGAUCUCAAACCUUUGCUAUGGAAACACCGGAUCUCCAUUCUGAGGGGUGCUGCACGUGGUUUAAACUAUCUUCACGUUAUGGAUGCAAAGCAUCCUUUGAUCCAUGGUGACAUAAAAAGUGAAAACAUUCUUUUAGACCAACAUUUCGAGCCCAAAAUAUCGGACCUUGGUCUCGCCAAACAUGCCUUGAGAGCCAACGAGAUGGGUGAAUAUACCCAUGUGACCCUCGACAACACGUACAUGCACAGGAAUUCUGCGUAUCUUCCCAAAUCCUUCGUUCAACAUCCAACGAUCAAAAGACUGUCCAUCAAAACAGAUGUUCACUGCUUUGGGGUGGUCAUCAUGAAUACAUUAACAGGGCUUGAAGCCAGGACCGGAAAGCCCUUCUCAGACUCGAAGAUGCUGCACCUCCUUGUUGACAUUGUCCACGAUUGUCGCGAUCAGGCAGAACGUCUCCGACUAAUAGACAGGAAGCCAAGCGAUACCUACCCAGGUGAACUCAUCGACGACAUGUUUCAACUCGCCAUGAAAUGUACAAGUGAUAGGAAAAGGGAGCAGCCGUGCAUGAAAGAGGUCCUGGAGGGUAUCAAGGAGAUUGAAAAACGAAACAUCGUUAUUCAAGGCAUGAAGAGACAAGGAUUCCGCCCAGAAAAAAGUGCACCUCCAGCUGUCCAACAAAAUCCACUUGACUUAGAACUGAUGCACGGACAUCACAUCUAUCGUCAACAAGCUAACAUGCCAACCUCACGACCAGACAACUCAUUACAGCCUCAACAAAGCUUCCAACCUGGUAUCCCAAGUUUGGAUGCUGGGCCAGCUGCUGUAGGAUAUACGCGAAAUCCUUCUUUGCAUGUCCAGAGUCUUCCAGCACGCCCACAGAUGGGUGCAGCCCCCAACUACCAAAAUAGCCUCAGAAGUGACGUCAGUGAUUCGUUAGAUUUGUACCAAUCGAGUGCUUCAGGCAUGAAUCAGUUUCAGGGUGUUGUCGGCAAUAAUGUUCUUAGAACGCCCUUGCCUGCAGUAGAUUGCAGUGUUCCUCUGCAUGCCAAGAAUUGUCCCAAAACAAGUGGCAAAGUCAAAACUGGUAGCCAUGUUCUUCCUGGGGGGAAAUCAUCGGAUGAUAGAGUUGAACAACAAUUCCAAGGGCAUCCUCCAGACAAGAGACCUGAUAGACUACCACCUGGUUGUGCAUCACUCCCUAUUACGGAGCCAAAGCCCUCUAGCAAUGGAUCAAGUAACUAUAGUCUUCCACCAAAGUUUGAUGAGCAAGUCCAACAACAGUUUCACAGGCCUCCUCCCCAAGACAACAGACAAGACGGACAUCAACCAAACUUUAGGCCGACUGGUUCUGGAUCCCUUCCAGCAAUGAACCAGGAGAAGCCUGCUGGGAGUAACCCAACAAAUCACAGUCUUCCACUAAAUGCGAUGCCAACGACCCAAGGUCAGCUUCCCUCGGUCAGAGAUUUCCAGGAUGAGGCAGCCCGCAAUCGUGAUCAGAUGAUUGAAAGCUAUAAUAGAGAACAGGAGCAAGCUGAGAUAAAGAGGAAAAAACCAUUGUCACUUUUGUCAGAUGUCAGUGAUGGGUCAUUUCCGUUUCCCGAUGUGAGUGAAUCCGGCCAAGAUUCACCUGGUGAACAAGGAUUGAGUUUUAAUGAGGAUGGGUCCAAGCACACCGAAGAGAGAACUUCGAUGGAUAUGGAUGGCAUGCAACAGCCUUCAGUGCUUCGAAAUACUGGCACCACGGAUCAAAACUUACUUCAAGAAAGUACCAAUUUUUCCGGAACAGAAAUGAACCCAGAAUUCCAAAGCCUGCAGUUAGCAAACCCACAAGACUCUGAUGCCUUCUUGCAAGAUUCAAGUCAGAGUCUUCCACCAGGUCUGUCCCCUCGACCAACAUUUCAAAUAAAUCCACCGAGAGCAUGCGAGGAAUCCGAUGAACGUGAUGGCCACAUUUCUGUGUCAGAUGAAGACAUGAGUUUACCGGCGCGACCCGGUUCCUUAUUCCCUCCUUCUGGUGGGGCAGACAUGAAGGGACAGUCUGGAGAAAAUCUCCUCUCCCACGAGUUUGAAACGAUAACUGUAUCAUCUUUGUCAGAUACAGGCGAAAAUGAGUCCCUGACCUUGCCACCAGCAAUGUAUCGGGCCCCGCCUUUAUAAUACAGUGAUGCAACAGCCCUCGCAUUUAUGAUGAAGACAGUCACGAGGGCUCACCUUUAUAAUAAAGGCGAUGACAGAGACAGGGCCAACAGUGACGUAUGAGUCCACCUCUAUAAUUAAGAUUGUGACGCAUCGGGGCCUGCAUUUAUGAUAAAGACACUGAUGUGUCUGGGAUCACCUUUAUGAUAAAGACACUGAUGUGUCUGGUAUCACCUUUAUGAUAAAGACACUGAUGUAUCUGGGCCCGCCUUUGUAAUGGACUGUGACAUACAUGUAUGAGGGCCUUCCUUUAUGAUAAAGAUGGUGAUGUAUCCGGGCCAACCUAAUAAUACAUGACGUAUCUGGGUCUGCAUUAGAAAUGAUUCACUUAUUGUACAGACCGUGCGCCUGUACUUGGAGAUGUAUACAUGUACAUUAUCUGUAGUGCCAUCAUUAUACAAACUUGCCAACAGUGAUUUGUGCCAACCUUGCAUUAUAGGCAGGGGGUUUAAUUUACCAUCUUUUGAUGACUAAUUCAGACAGUAAGGACAUUGAGUCUCGUUUAAUUUAAACCUUUAAAUAUAUUCCUCGUACAAGCGUGUGAAUAGUUUUGACAUACUGUGAGAUGGGAGAGACUCCUAUUAUCUUACCUACCUAGCUGCUGCAUAAUAAGUCCCAUAGGCAGGAGUGAGGCAAAUAAAUUGGCAAUCUUCAUGUUAUUUGUAUGCUCAUUUAGAUCUUCCGGUGAUUAGUAUGCACAUUCAGGCUGGAGGCUUGAGUUAUCUUGAUUCAGCGAUCAAUGUAGUCCUCAUGCAAUGAAAAGUUUUGAUGUACUUUGAGAUAGCAGAUAUAAUGUUUUUGUAUGAUAUUGCAAAAUUUAUUUAAUCUGAAAUAGUGAUAAUCUAUGUAAUGCUUUGUUAAUUGAAGACUAUGAUGUUAGCUUUGUUGCAAAUAAACUAUCGCUUUGAUGAUUUCUGUCUGA